CUAUUUACUACUCACAACUGUUUAUUAUGGGACUAUAUUCGUUACUGAGCCUUUCAAUCUUGUUAUAUUCUACGUUUAGUGAGCGGUAAACAAAAGCAACGCCCACAUCCAAUAUAUUCCCCGAUGCUGUUUUCCAUGGGAUUCUGAACUGUGCGUAAUAUGCCAAUCCUGGUGCAGGCAGGAGGCAUGAGGGAAGAUUCAAGCUUUUCAACCGUGAAAGUCAGUCCAAUAACGUGGAAAAGGUUAAACCUAGAAUAUGACUUUAAACUACUCGAAAAUAAACUAUCGAGCCAUAUCAAAAAGGUUUUGAUCGACAUUUGAAACGGGCAUCUAAUUAGAGUUCACAAGGCAGAUUUUCUGUAAGCAUCAAAGAAACAAUGAGCUCCUGCUAUGGGGAACAGGGGCUUUACAGGAUUUGCAGCUCCUGUUGUUUGUUGCUGUGAACUCGGAAGACUCUCCGAACGAGCACAGGUGUCGCUUCUGAGUGAAAGAUUGACCGACCAAUGGGGAGAUGUGGAAACGUCACCUGUAGCUGCAGGUCGGGGCGGGACAUUUGGUGUUGGAGCGAUCGCUUGGGUCUCGGGGCUGAAAUACGCUUCGGAGGUGUACUGAGGCACUGUUCGAGCUGUCACUCCUCCAGCCCCAUGUCGGCUGAGCGCGACGCCGUGCAGAUCCCCGAUGACUUGGCGUUCGCCUCGUUCAGACAGCGCUGUGAAUCGGAGCAGGGCUGGCAGCAGAAAUACAGUAAACUGGAGAUAGGCGUCUGGGUGCAGGCCGCGACUGAGGGCAAAGCCGUCCAUAGGAUCAAGUGUAGAAUUCAACUUAAAGACACUUCUGCAGAGACUGUGUAUGAUGUGCUACAUGAUAACGAAUACCGCCUCAAGUGGGAUAAGCAGGUCAUCAAGACUUUUGACAUUGCACGGCUCACGGCGAAUGCAGAUGUCGGGUAUUAUUCAUGGAAAUGUCCAAGACCCCUAAAAGACAGGGAUGUGGUUAUUUUGAGAUCAUGGCUGGUCACGGAUAAUGAUUACAUGAUUAUCAACUACUCAGUGAAACACCCUAAAUAUCCUCCCCAGAAAGAUCUAGUCAGAGCUGUGUCCAUUCUAACAGGUUACCGAGUCCUACCUACUGGGUCCAAAAGUUGUAAUCUUGUGUAUAUGGCUGAGGCAGAUCCUAAAGGGUCUCUUCCAAAAUGGGUUGUCAACAAAGCUUCUCAGUAUCUUGCUCCGAAAGUUCUGAAGAGAAUCCAUAAAGUGUGUUUGAAGUAUCCUGAAUGGAAACAGAAGAACAGGCCAGACUUCAAACCUUGGCUUUACCCAGAACAAAAUACCUUGCCAACCAUGAGCCUCUCUGAACUUUCAAUCCAGCAUGCAGAUUCACUGGAAAAUAUUGAUGAAAGUGGCCUAUCUGAAGAGAACAAUGGUAGUGAUGAAGAAGAAUGUGGAACUAAGGGCUUAAAAGACUGAAACCAUGUUGCAAUGUUUCUUUUGCGGUGCUGUAGGCCCUUGAUGUUUGGGGAUGCUGCGGAGGAGUCAGCAGGAGUUCAUAUUAGUUCUUGGAAUUUGGGAGGAAAAUUCUUAAUUGUGGAUUGAAUUAAUGAUUGGGGAGAAAACUGUCAUUGAACCAAGGUAAUGUGUGUUUAUAUAUAGAGAAUGACAUUCAGGCAAUAAAUUAAAUAUCUGUGCACCCUAGGGUUAAUACUAGUAGUGACAUGUUAAAAUGAAGGAACAGCAUGAAAAUGACUUCUGUGAUUUUAUUUAGUUUUGAAUGCAUCUUUCGGAAAUGUUAUGUUGGGGUAGUGAAAGGAUUCUUUGAAAUUUCUCCUUUUUAGUGAGGUUGUAGGACUCUUGAAUUACAUGUGUACAGGGUUUGAAAGAGUAUGUACAAGUAUUAUAUGAUAUUGAUUUCAAAGUCACUUUGAAAAUGUUUUAGUUAAGUAUUUUUGAAACAAAAUUACUUGUCCCAGUUUUAGACUGGAGCAUCUUAUCUCCUCAUGUAAUAAGGUUCUGAUCAUCGUGCUCUUUUUUAUGAACAGUAAUUCUCUACUCUUUUUAAACUACUGAGUGGAGUGAAAGUUCUUGUUUGUGUUCUGUAGGGUCACAAUUUUUAAAUUUUGCACUACACUGUGUUAAAGUAAGUGAAGAAAAUAUUAAUCCUAAGAUUAGUUAUUGAUACCUUUGCUAAUAGUCACCAUUCACUUAACUUUGUUUUUUUUCCACAAAAAGUUCAUUUAAAAGACUUGGGCGUCUGGUGUUCAACAUGGGGAUUAAGGGGGUCUGUUUCUCUCCUAGCAGAGCAAUUCCUUCAAAGUCUGAGGAUCCUUUUUUUUUAAUGGUUUGAUAUUUAAAUUGAAAUAUUCCUUCCCAAGUCCUGCCUUUUUAACACCAGGUUCUCACUGUCUUUUUUUAAAAUAAAAUCUGAGCGUGCAGCAAGGUAAUGCAUGAGAGAGAUUUUACAAUUUGCAGUGGGAAUCAAGACUGAAGUGGAGUGUUAAUAUUUAAAUAUGUGAGACUCGGCAGCAGAUGUACAACUGAGCAAGGGCAUGCACGUUGAAAUGAAAAAUAGUGGGGAAAAAUGCAUAAUGGAUGUCAACUGGCAAUAAGAUAAUGUUUUUGAUGAAUACAAACUUCCUAUGUUGCCCUUCAUAUCACCUUGGGAAAACAAUCAAUUGCAGUCUUGAUGGAAUUGGGGUAGCCCCAUAUACAGGCUUGUGUACAUGUUAUACACAGUAAAUAUAGGACAGAUGAGGUAAAUAAAAUUCUCUAGCAAGUUUUAGGCUGGUUUCACAUCUAAAUUGGUUAGACCUAAAUGAGUAAUUAUUAAUAGCGAAGCUUAUAACCAAUCAGCACCCAAAUGCUUUGUUUUAUAAUGUUGGCAGCAGAGUUUAAGUUUUGUUCAAAAUUGAGCAGUUAGUAGAUAUAACAGUACUUGAAACACACUGUCCUAGAACACACCUCUGCACUAUUUUUGAUUCCUGACAUGAAAGGAACUGCUUAUUGUUUCACUGUUUAAACCUUGAUGGUUAAGUCAAUCUGCAAUCAUUUUAGUCAGUUGAAUAGUAACUAAGUUUAACUGCUAUUGAAGUAUGUUCAAAAUAGGAGACAUGAUUGUGGAUCAUAUUUUCUACAAUCUUAUAUUUGCAAGAACGGACAGCUACUUGUUCAAAAAUUACAAUAGCCUUAAGAGAUCAGUAUAUUGUUCUUCAGCUUGUUAAUGAACCCUUACAGCAAUAAAUUUAAUAUGCUUGCUUCUAAAUGUGAAUCAAAGGAAUAUUAAGGCAGGACCCUAAUUUUCUUUCCUGAACUUCAAAAAAUAUUGUCCAACAGAACUAAAGGUGCCUACAGUAAUCAUACAGACAAUGUAGAUGUUAUAGUGCAAUAGAAGCACUGGCAUUAAAUAAAUUAAGUGUGAGUGAAGAGGAUAUAUUUUGAGAACAAAAUCUUGGAAUUGGAAUUUAGGGGUAUUUUGUAAAGUGGAUUUUUGUAACUGUUGAAAAUAAAUGAGCAACUUUGAAAUAACUGCAGAGAAUUUUGGGACCUCAAAAUUCUAGUAGGUGCAUGAGUCGGAAAACACUUAAAGAUAUGCUUAGUAACUUGGUUUUGCCAAUGAAAUAGUCUCUGCUAAAGAACUGCCAAUGCAGUUCUAAUCAUUAUUUCUAAAUAUCGUUGCCUUUUAUUUCCUUAUUAGGAAUCUGUAAUGCUAAUACAGCUCUCAAAUGAUUGAUUAUAAGGCACUGAUGAUAGGAAAGUGGAUACCCUGCCCUGCCUCAUAACCAAUAAGUGGUUGUAUCCAAAAAAUGACAAUUUGAGAGUAUUUAUUGAGAGUAAUGUGUGGUUGAUAAGGAUCCACCUCAUGUUAUUUAUGCAUCUGCUAGUUUUGAGGUCCCUAAAUGUUUCAAACAGGCUGAAAAAAAGUUCUAUUUUUGUGAAAAGAUCCUUGUUCCUGCUGAGUCAUUCGGUGCCAUUUUGGGUACGAAUGCAUUGUCUCUGUUAUACACUGGCUUUUUGUCCUGUAGAAACGUUUUCUAAAGAAAUUCAGCUAUCGAUUGACCCUUACAAUAUUGUCACUUCUGUAGUUUUUGCAGUGUUGUCAGUUAGGGUUGUUGUAUGUAAAGCAAAAAUUAUGCUGAAGCCAAUUCAAUGUCUUGCUCAAACUUUGUGAGGUUCACUUCAAAUUGUUACGACAUGGUAAUCACUGUCACCCAUUGCUCAACUGAACCUUUCCAGUCUAAAAUUUGGGAUUGCCAUGCUAGGUUACUCUAAUCACCAAAGGGCCAAGUGUGAAAAUUUCACGCACCCAUUCAUUGUUUUCCUGAAAUUUUAGCAAUUAUACUGGUGUGUUGCCAGUAUAUUUGUUUACCCCACUGAUUUACCAAAUGUUUGUUAAUUUCCUAGCUUCUAACUCCUGUAAAUGUGAUAGGAGUGUGCUAAUUAAAAAUAUUAAAGUAGAAAGCUGAGCCCAUAACUUGCAUUCAAUGGAGCAUAUUUAAUGCUUACAUUGUGUUUUUCUUAAACUUGGAAAAACCAGAGGAAAAAAACAUCUUCAGUGUUUGCAUGUUUAUGAUGUGUAUUUUUCUCUUGCCUGCACCAUAAAUCAAAAGGGAGCUCAUAGAUACUAUCCCAAAAUUCAGGGAUGAAUCCUAGGGUCAUUUCUUUUUUUAAAGCACUUUUACAUUCAGAAUGUGGCUUCACUCGUACCCUGUCUUAUUUAGAGGAUUGCCAAAUCUUUGGAAGUUGUUCUAAUAUCUGUAUCUUCAUGUUAUUGCUGUCAAAUCUUUCCAAAUUUUGUGUAUCCUCCCCCUCCUAUAUGGCUAACUCAGCUGUGAAAAUAUCCAUAUACUGUUAGUUUUAUAUCCUUGAAUCAUCAUCUGAUUGAUCAUGGGUUGAUUUAAGAGAUGUUAUUCUGCUUAUUCAUCAACUCUACCUGAGUUACACUGGCUGAAAAGUUUAAAACUUCCUUUUUUCUUUUUAAAGAGUAGGUUCCCUCCUUGCUCCUUCUUUCCUACCCCAUCCCAGCCUACUCAAGAUAUCUCAUGGAUGAAAGACCUAAGUGCAAUUUUGUAUUUCAUUCAACUUUGAGAGAGGAAUUAUUUGCCUGUUGGAUGUGCUUAGUAUCUCGUAUGUCGUUUUGAUUUGGUUUUUUUUAAACAAAACAAUUACGGUGAUUUUUCAAAAACAUUGAACUAGAAAAGGAAGCUAUUUUCAAUUCAAUUAGUUGUUCCUCUGGCUGUCCUGUUUAUGUGAAGUUCAUGUUUUUAAUCAAAUGAGACAAGAUUUAUUUUAAUGUAGACUUUAUCUCUGAAACAAUUACAUACAGCACAGAAUUGCACAGUAUCAAGAUAUUUUAACAUGCAUCUGUAUUUUGUUCUGUAUUAUAUGACACUGAUUAUCUAAGUCAUUUGUAUCCAUACAACAGUAGCUACUGUCUGAGAAAGUCUUUGAAUUAAAUCUGCAACUAUCAGACAAGAAA